UUCUUCCCCAUCCAUCUCACCAGCAGCCAACAUCCAAGCGUAGUUCAGGUCAUAAGUUAAGGUGUAUAGAAGUAAUUGUCGAUCGAGGAACCAAUCGUCGAGUGACAUCAAUGGCUUCCCUGUCGAUGAGCGCGGGGUGGACACCGAAGCAGAACAAGCUGUUCGAGCAGGCGUUGGCGGUGCACGACAGGGACACGCCCGACCGCUGGCACAACAUCGCCCGCGCUGUCGGCGGCGGCAAGUCCGCGGACGACGUCAGGCGCUACUACGAGCUGCUCGUCCACGACAUCGCCCGGAUCGAGGCCGGCAAGGUGCCUUUCCCCGCCUACCGUCCACCGUGCCCCGGCCCGGGCCACAACGCCAGCUACGAGGCCGACAGGUUGAAGCACUUGAAGAUCUAGCUAGGCGGUAAUCGGGUAAUGGGCAAGGGAUGAUACACACUACACAGAUGGACUGAACGAAGAAGCAUGUGCGUGCAUGGGCUCAUAAGCGUGUGCAUGGUGUCCAUGACUCCAUGUCAAUGUAUACAUGCAUGACUAGCGGGCAGAAAAGUCGGCCGAUUAUGCAGAUGCAUGCAUGUUCAUAAUACUCUAGUGGCUAGUGGUCUAUAAGUAUGUACCUGAGAUCGACUUGUCUCCUUACUCACAUGGGUUUAACUUAUCUCGUAUGUAUUCUAAUGUACAAUAUUAAUAUUAUCCUUAUAUUAUUGUCUGCACAUGUAA